AUGAAUCAAAUCAAUAUAGCUGGGAUGGCGGGCAUGAAUGCGAUGCCAGGUGGGCCUGUAGGUGGUGUACCUAUGAUGAACACCCAAUCCGCUGCUCCGCGCAGUGAACCGCCUAUGACCCAGGAGAGUGUUUAUGUACAGCUCAACACUUGUAUCUACGACUAUUUCCUCAAGCGCGGCCAGUUCGAUGCGGCACGAAUGCUGCUAAACGACGACAACAUCAAGCUGGACACAGACGAUCUCAAGACCAGCCCGAAUCAUAUGAACGGUGUGGAUGGCGAUACUUCUAUGGGCGACAGCAAAGAUGAAAAGAUCAAAAUACCUGACGAUUUCCCGCGCCCUCGAGUUCCAAUGGACUCUGGGAACUCUUUUCUGUUCGAAUGGUUCAGUCUAUUUUGGGACAUUUUUGCUGCGCAGCGCAAGAGACCUCCCAUCAAUCCGAUGGCCCAGCAUUUUGUCAAUAGCUCACAAGGCUUAAUGCGCCCGCGAGAACAUCAGAACCAAAACCUUUUGCGUCAACCUGCCCAAGCUCAGGCUCAGGCUCAGGCUCAGAUGAUGAUGCAGAAUCACAUGGUUAAUAUGCGUCGCAACCCGAUGCAGAAUAUGAACCAUCCGUUAAAGACGGCCUUGCAAAACAAUGCUUCUGGAAUGAACCCUCAGCAAAUUGCCCAGUUGCAACAGAAUAAACAACAGAUACAGAUGCAGCGUGAACACUCAGAUAUGGAUAUGAAUGGUCACCGUCCGCAGUCACCGUCGUCGGCCGAUAAUGCCCCCUCUCCGUCGAAACGACCCCGCUUAGAUAUCCAACAGGGGCAACCAAUGCCUCCCAACGGUCGCGUACAGGGUCAAAUCCCUCCUCAGCUGAAUACACAGAUGUUAAUACAGAAUGGAAUGAAUGCUAGUAGGAUGAAUGCAGCGCAAUUUCAGGCGUUCCAGCAGCAGCAGGCUGGCCAGGCUGCAGCGCAGCAAAAAUCCGUGCAGGUAUAUUCUCAGAACUUGCUCCUUCAUCACUCGCGCUCAGCAAUGAAUAACCAGGGCAUGCAAAACGGAUUAAUGAACAACGGACUUAUGCAAAAUCAAACGGACCUGAUGUCGCAAAUGCCGGACGGACAAGGCGGUAUGCAGAUGAUGAACGGUCAAUUUUACAACGGCGAAAUGGCCGGGAUGGGCCGAGGCGGGACAAUACCACCGAACGGGAACGGGAACCACGCACUCCAGGAUUAUCAGAUGCAAUUGAUGCUGCUAGAACAGCAGAACAAGCGUCGUCUGAUGAUGGCUCGUCAAGAGCAAGAUAGCAUUACCACCCGCCCCGACGGUCAACCCAUGCCUCCUGGCCAACCCGGCCUACCUCCAGGAACCUCUCCACAGGGCAGCAGGACAGGAGCGUCACCGAACCCCAGCGAGCAGAUGAAACGAGGAACUCCCAAGAUCUCGCAGACUGGAUUGCCUGCUUCGCCAAGUACCGCUGAUUUACAAGGCCGUGGAUCCCCUGCCUCGAUGAACUUUAAUCCUGGUCAGAUGGGCGACAUGAGCGGCAAUUUCUACAACAAUAUGCGACCUCCGACAUCGAACCAAGGAGGAUUCAACCCACAGAUGAACCAGGCCAUGCAGCAAGGACCUAAUGGACGGAUGCCGACCGCCAACUGGCAGAAUCCAGGAGGGCCUCAAGGUCAGCAGCCUAUGGUGGCGCAACAGUCACCAGCCACGCAAGCGGCACCAACUCCACAGGCGCAAAACUCCAUGCCACCACCAUCUGCGCUGCCUCAAGGUACCAAACCACCUUCUCCCCAGCAAGGAGUAGCACCGCCGACGCCACAGCAAGCGAACAAGCCGGCACCCAAGGGUAAAAAGGAUACCGAGAAGAACAACCGGAAGGUAUGUUACCCCGAUUUAUUCACUUUUGACAUGUCAGUUAACUUUUGUAGCGCAUCACAAAGAAGGGAGCGGCAGCAGCCAAUGCCAACACUGCAGCAACCCCGUCGUCUGAGGCCGAACCUCCCCCAACACCAACCCCAUCUACUCCCAUCACGCCUCAGCAUCCGAACUCUUUUACCAAAAAUGGAGUCAAUGCAACGACGGCUACACAGCAGCAGCCUACAUCGGCUCCUGCGCCACAAAUUGUACAGCAACAGCCCGAUCCUAAUGUCGGAGCCUUUAGUGAUCUCGGCAUGCCAGACGCAUCGAACUUCAACCUUGACUUCAGCACGCUUGAAAACCCCGAGGUUUUGGAGCACUUUGACUUUGAUUCUUUCCUCAACACCGAUGCUGAUGCAACGGGUUUUGGAUUUGAUCCAAGUAGUAUUACAUAUCCCACAGAUGGAGUCGAGACAGGCACGGAUGGCUUGUAAAUCUUUUUUUUUUUUUGCACAAACAAAAAAAAAAAAACAUGUCUUUUUAUCUGCCUGUGUUCCACUCGCAUCAUCAUGAUCUGUUAUUUUCGACGGAGUCCAUGGCGAGAAGUUAAUAAGGAAGGAAAUGAUACAAAUGUCUCUAUUUUGUCUUGUCUUUUGGAAAAGAAGAAUCUGAUUCUCUGAUGAUAUCAGGGGAUAUCCGGGGGGUUGUUUAUUACCCUUUUCCGGUUUGUUUUACACCUUUUUUUUACCCCUUGUCUUUUAUGCGCGUUACUGUUAUGAAUGUUUGAUUAUAACUUUCCCAUCGAUCUUCCUUGUUCUAUAUCGGACGAAAAACUCCCACCAUCAUCAUCAUAUCAUACCUCGAUUUUUCAUUUUAUUCACGGGCUUUCAACUUAUACCCACACUUUUCUUCUUCUUUCCAUUAUGUUUUUGCUUUCUGUUUGAUUCUCAUUAUCAUCUCGAUCGGAUCGGAUUGAUUAUGUACAUCCUCUCUUCUCUCGAUUUUUUUUUCUCUUUCAUUUCUUGUUGGGCUCAAUCAAUCAAUCACUCAAUCAAUUCAGUAAAUAUCUUCCAAGGGGAAGUUGCGAGUUC